ACAGAAUUAAUGUUACACGCUUAAUUGUGUCGCUAGAGCUGUAAUAUUUACGCCUUUUAUGUUGAAGUUAGACUUUUCUUCACUAUAUUAAUUGCAACUACAUUUAUAAGCGUGUAUUAAGUAUUUCAAAUAUUUCGCUGGAAUUGUGAGCAUUACUAUUUCUACGGAUUUGCCGCUUUGUGACUACAAGGAAGCCAUGACCUCUACGUCAAUCGGAAAGAAAUUAGUUCACCUUGAUCUGAAGGGGGCCCCUCCUAGAAUAUCAUACCUGGCACAGCUCUUCCCCUUGUUUUCUAAACUUGGCGCUGAUGGAUUGCUUGUGGAGUACGAAGACAUGUUUCCUUACGGAGGUAUCCUGGAGGUCCUGCGGGCUAAACAUGCAUACAGCCCAGAUGAGAUCAAGCAAAUCCAACAUCUAGCCAAAUCCAGUGGGUUAGAGGUGAUCCCUUUGAUACAGACGUUUGGACACAUGGAGUUUGUUCUGAAGCACCGGCAGUUCUCCGACCUGCGAGAAGUCAGCUUUUACCCCAGUGCUAUCAACCCCCACAGGCAACAGUCUCUGGAGCUGCUGCAGGCCAUUACUGACCAGGUGAUGGCGCUGCACCCUGAGGCGCAGUGCCUGCACCUUGGGGCAGAUGAGGUCCAUCUCCUAGGGCAAGGGGAAGAGUCUCAACAGUGGCUCAGUCUCCACGGAAACAAUGUGGAUGGACUCUACUUGAGUCAUAUGAAGAACGUGGCAGAACAAGUGCUGUCUGCACACCCCCAUCUUACCCUCAUUAUGUGGGAUGACAUGCUCAGGGGCAUGAGCCAGGAUUUCCUCAGGGAGAGUGGGAUUGCAGGGCUUGUCCAGCCGAUGAUCUGGGACUAUAACCCAGCACUUAACGUGGAGCAAACAGUGCAUCUGAUCGAGAAGUACCAGCAAAGCGGGCUCUCCAAGCUUUGGGUGGCUAGUUCCUUUAAAGGGUCGACAGAGGUCAACCAGUGUCUCACCUGCAUUGACAACCAUGUGGCCAAUCACAUGCAGUGGCUAAAGGUAGUCAGUGCAUUGCCUGAAGGGAUGGUGGAGAUCCAGGGUAUCGCGGUCACAGGCUGGCAAAGGUAUGACCAUUUCUCUGUGUUAUGUGAGCUGCUUCCUGUGGGUCUGCCUUCACUGGCAGCCUGUCUGCAGACACUGCAUCAUGGUGUUUUCACAGACAAUGCACAGGAAACAUUUCGGCAAUGCCUAGGAAUAUCCAGUCUGGAAACUGACACAUUUGUACGGCAAGACUUUGGCAGUUUCCCUGGCAGUAACGUGGCCCAGCUAGUAACCCAGAUCACUGCCUACCUGAAGCCAUCCGUGGACAGAGUGCUGGAGGGAAACAGAUAUGCAGCUGGAUGGUUCAGUCCAUAUCACAGAAAGAGGAAGUUUGUCCAUCCUGUAAUGGUCCAGCAGUUUGAGCCUGAGGCUAGGGGGCUGCUGUUAAAGUGGGAAUCAAUGAUUGAAGAGCUGAGGGUAGUGAUGGGGCUCCUAUAUUAUCCUGACACUGUGGAGGAAUGGCUAGAGGAGUAUGCCAAUCCAGUCCUGGACUGCCUGAGGAGCUUUCUCAGAGAUCUACAAGAAACGGUCGAGCUGCUGCAGUAGGACACCAACUUCAGCUGCACCAGAUCACACACUCAUCUGAUUUGAACUGAAUUGUCUUUUGAUUUCAGAAGUUGAACUUUAUAACUGCAACAAAUUCACAAAGUUAUUAUAAAAAAAAUCAAUUAUUGUAGCAAGUGCACUAAUAUUAUACAUAUUUGACACAGGAAAAUUAAUUAUGGCAAUUCAUAUUUUUAAUAAUAAAACUAUUUUAGUUGUUAAUCAAUAGAAAAAGUUACAGGCUAACAGAAUGUGUGUCCAUCGUUGGAAGCAAUACAAGCUUUACAUCUGUGACAAAUGUUUUGCACCAGAUUGCAGAUGCUUUCUUAUUUGAUUGUGACUUAUUCCCCUCGUAGACCCUGGAUAGGCCUUUUCACUGGUGUCAGAAACCUAGAUGCCAUGUGAUUCCAGGCCAUCUUACAAAUCUUCCAUAGGGCUCAGAUCUGGUGUAUAAGGCACACAUAGCAGGAAGGAGAAUAGGAGCCAUUAUUUUUAUACAAAGCUUUGGAACAAACUGUCCUGCCAUUUUCACAAAAUGUCAUACUGGUUUCUUUCAAAUCAUAGCUAGAUGAGAUACUCAGAUCAUAUAGUUAUACAACAUAUGCAACCAAAUGACCUACAGUACAUGGGAUGAAUGCCCUCCUCUUAUUUGCAAACAUCCUUACCUUCUUGUAAAUUGCAAUGUAAUUUUACAUUAUAGAGAUUUAGUACUUAUUUAACCAAAUAAUUUAGAUUUUUUUAAAGAGGCUUUAUAAUAUGUACUUAGUCAUUUUGAAUUAAAAGACCAAUCCAUUCUGUACAGCUAGCAUUUGUUUGUUCAAGGAUUUGUAUACUGUAACCUUUUAUUUUUAGUUUCCACACUGCUUCCCCGUCUCUGACCAUUGUGGUUUUUUUAUAUAUUAAUAUCAAUCUUGUGAGGAAAGUUUGCAAAUCACUUGUAGAAGUCAGCAGACUUAAUCCAUGGUAUUUAAACCAGG